AUGCAGAACGACGCGCUCAGAAAACUGACGGACGUCUUCUCUUACCCAGGAAGCUUCCUCAGCAAGGCCAAAAAAAUCAAAAAGACAACCACCACAGGGUCUCAAGUUCACCCCGACAAGACCUCCAUAUCACCCACCACCUCAAAUAACAACAACAGCAGCUCACCAUUCUCGGAGGUGGCCAAAUCGGCUCGUACGACUUCUGAAGAGAAUCACCAGUUCUUGAGCGUGCACACCUCAGGAAAGGCACACAAUCUUGCUACAGGUGUCUCUGGGAUGCCGUCAAGUCACUCGGGAGGUAGUGUUUUAAAAAGCCCACUCAAAAACCCAUUCCAUACCAUCGCUACGAACAGCAAUAGCAACCACAGCAACAGCAAUGGAGGCAACAAGAACGCGGGGCCGAUAAGCCCAGGAGCGAACAAGUUCUUUACAAAGGAAGAGCCGCCGAUUGUCCACUACCCGUUCUCGGUCUCGUCGCUGGAUCAGUUCUCACCUCAACGACGGGGUUGGCUGCGGAAUUGUCUUUCCCCUAGUGGGAUUGCUGCAGCCGAAGAGGCGAUGGCAACAGCGACGGCAGUUCUGAAUAGCGAUGUGCUGAAGUCAGAGACGGCAUGGGAUACUGUUGAAGGCUAUCAUCUUCGCCAGCAGCAUCAAUUAGCCAAACAGGCAGCUUGCAAUAUUCCCAACGAGGCGACUGGACUCUUGUUCGUCAAAUUGCUGCAAGUGACGAACAAGGCGACGAGCAAGCUGUUUGACGUGGAAUGGAGUCUCCGUAUUGGCGAUGUUGAGCGUACAUCCUACCCUGCACGAUCCUUCAAGGAUAACCCGGGCAACACUGCCACCAUGAACGAGGUAUUCCUCUUCGAUGUGAAUGAACCAUUCCGGCUAGAGAUGACAGUGACAGGUAACCCAGUCCCGACAAAGUUCGGCACCAUGGCCGGAUUCUCAAACACCCAAACCGCACAACUCGGAAACCUCGACCUUAACUUCUGUCUCGACCCUAUGGAGCGAUCGGUCAGGACCUACAAGCUGUGUCGUCCUACAGGGGAUGAUUCCCAUAAGGGCAAGACGGAUUGUGAGGUUGUGGUUAUGAUUGGGUUGCAUGUUUUGGAGGAGCCGGUUGAGGACCGGACUUGGGAGACUGAGGCGCUUUAUCAGGGAUUCUUGACCGUCAUGGCCCGCGGUGGUCGCGUCGCUUCGUGGAAGAGAUACUGGGCUGUACUUGAGGGUCGCGCGCUCAAGCUCUACGAUGCCGAGUACCAACUGAAGAGGGAUGUAAUCGCAGUGAUAUCACUAGCACACGUCUCGCGAGUCCAACUCCCCGACUAUGAAAAAGUUGACGUCGGCGCCAACGGCUUCUCCAUGGCCAUCAAUCCCUUCGGCGUCGACUUCAAAUCCACCUCCUCUUCCAUCGACCCCUCAGAACUGGACUAUUGUGUGUACGCAUUCACAGACUCGUCUCACUUCCAUGAAGUCUGGCUCGCACAUCUGGAGGAAACAAUUGAACAAUAUCAGGAGAAUAUGAAUAAGAGGAACGAGAUGGCGGUGGCGAGGAUGAACAGGAGGGCGUUGCAGUCGUUGUCGAGGCAUUCUUUCGAGACGAGCGGGUCGAGUGCUCCUGCGACACCGUCAGGGGAUGCGUUGGAGGGGGAGGGUGGAGAGGCGGCGAGGGAGGAGUUGAUUGAUAUCAAGUUUGUCUGGUAG